GUGCAAGCGUGCGAAAAACUAUCCAGUCUGUAUCCGGACAAGAGACGCUCCAGGCCAGUACUGCGCAACUCGCCCCAUCAUGGACGACGCCAACGAAGCCGCGACGAUCGCCGAGGCCGAGAUGCUGCGCACGCAAAGUACCUUCCAGCACGGCGACGCGGUUGCUAUGGAGCCCACCUAUGGUGACGCGCAACUCGCCGAGAGCUCGAGCGAAGGCGAGGACGACGACGAGAGCAACAACCAGCUGUACAUGAGUCUCGGUGCGCAGUAUGGCAAGGAGUUCAAGCUCGCGCGGCAGCAGAAGGAGCGCGCGUCCAUGAAUGCGAUUCUGAACCGGCACAAGAUGAACCACUCGUUCGGCGCAGGCGACGACCACAGUCAGGGCGUCUCGCUCGGGCCCGAGCGCCACUCGAUGGGCCACGAGAUGGGCGACUACGCGCGCAUGGAUCGCGUGAGCAACUACAGCGCCGUCUCGACUGUUCGACAGUCCAUGUUCAUGAUGCCCGUCAUGGAGUCGUUGCCGGAGCGCGACGGGUUGGACGAUGUCCUGGAGGACUUUGAAGGCUGGAUGCACAAGAAGGGUCAGCGCUUCAAGAGCUGGAAACUUCGGUACUUUCAGCUGUCGCAAAAGGAGAUCAAGUACAGCACCGAGCCGGGCGGCAAGCACAAGGGCGGCGGCGUCGUUCUCGGCGUCGAGUACCUCACGAGCGUGGCCUUUGGGCUCACGAUCCGGCUCGCCCCCAACCGCGCACUGGACGUCUACGCCGAGUCAACGGACGAGCUAAGAGCUUGGUUCAAGCGACUCUCUCGGGCUGGAAGCGCUCCAAUGCCGCAGCCAAGCGGGCCAAACGUUCGUCUUCAAGCACAGUACUCCCGGGCGUCGUGGAAUACGCCACACGACGCGCUUCCCGAGCCCAUCCAUGUGCCCAUCGAUCUGCCACACGUGCAGUACGAGCCUCCUUCUGCGCAGUUCACAUCGGCGGAACGGCAGUAUGAAGCCCCACAAGUGCAAUAUGAGCCGCUUCAAGUGCAAUAUGAUCCUCCACAAGUGCAACCUCAAGCCACGGACGCCUCUGGCAGCGAGGUGGAGCCGCAAGACGAAGAGAGCGCGCCGGCUCCCGUCGACGACGCGCCGUUGGACAUCUUGUUCCAGAAGCAGUCCAUUACCCUCGGCUCGAUGCCGCCGGUGCCGUCCAACGUCUCGUCGACCUCGUCGGAAACGCGGCAGCGUCGCAUGAGCACUGCAAGGUCGUCGGCGGUGCAUCGCUUGUCGCAAGUGAGCAGUCACAGCGGUAGCAUCCAUCUCGGUGGCAACGACGCCGACGAGGUUGUGGAAGGCUGGCUCUUCAAGCAAGGUCGCAUCGUGAAAAGCUGGAAGCAGCGGUACUUUCGACUCCUCGACCACACGCUCAGCUACCGCGAAGCGCCGGGUUCGACGCACCUCCUCGGCCACGGCUGCGUGGUCGGCGUCGAGCGAAGCAACACGACGCACACGUUUGGCCUCACCAUCGCGCUCGAUGGGAACCGGACGCUGCACGUAUACGCCGAGACCGACUACGAGAUGCGCAAGUGGCUUCGCGCGCUCACAUCCCUCGUGCAAGCCAUGCCACACACGACCGGGGAGACGCUCUUCAAGCAGUCGAGAACCCACGGCGCGUUCCUUAAGAACUUUUCUGGCUGGAUGUCGAUUCCAUCGGGCUUGUUCAACGCGUCUCUCAAGCGCUGCUUCUUUACGCUCCACGGUGCCGAGCUCACGCAGUCGGACGAUGCGCCGGCCCUCGUGACGCGCACCGACACCAUCCAUCACGUCGUUCCGUGGCCGGGGAAACCCAAUGGCCUCGAGUUCCACAUGCGGAGCAACAAGGUCUGGAAGACGGUGUGUCCGUCGCAGUCGGCGGCCGCCGCGUGGCUUGCUGCCAUCAGCGACAACCUCAAGCGACAAGACUUUACAGUCGAGCGCUUCCUCAAGCGCUGCGUUGUGAAGGAGCUGCCGACCAUCAUGUGCGGCUGGGCCACGCAAAUCAACAACACGCGCCGGGGCGUCCGGCAGUUUUACGUGCUCGACAACCUGCGUCUGAGCGUGGCCUGCGACGUGGAUGCCAUUGUGCAGCCGAUCGACGUCGUCACGCGCGUCGCGCCGUCGUCGGUCGACUGCGCGUUGGAAGUCCACUUUGUGUCCGAGCCCAUGCUUGUGCUGCAGUGCGACUCGGUCGACGGUCUCCGGAAUUGGCACCUCGUGAUCCGCACGUGCUUGAAGGAGCCCAUCCGCCAGUCGUUCCGGUGUCCAUAGCUCUCCUGCCAUUAUAAACUGCUAAACUAUAUACGAACCCUCUUCAAGUUGACGAGGGGAGCACCA